CUGUUGCAUAGCAACCAGCAGACGCGGACCUCUGCUGGACUCCCACACAGCAGACACAGCAGGAGGCGCAACUUGCAAAGAACGUGAGCAACCCGAUGAAUUGUAUUUGACAAGUGGAUGUGGAAGGAGUCAGCUGUAAGGAGCUGCAAGACCAAGAGGUCGUGAAGGUCGCCAACCCAGCAGUAAAUAAAGCAAAUGAAGACUUUUGACAAAACCAGAGGGUAGGGAAGAGAGAGCCUAUUACAAAGAGGUCCCGGUUAGGAGGAGAAUCCAGUUAUAGAGGACCUAGGAAUAAGGAGGAUCCAGGUGGGAGAUCCCAGCAAGGGGGAUUCGGUUCGAAGGAAGGCCUGAACAGAGAAAGAUCCAAUUAGUAUAACGUAGCUAAAGUGAGGGGAAUCCAAUGGGUGCGUGUGCCACGAAGAAGGAGGCAAUCAACCCAGGCUCAGCCCUAGACAGAGUCAUCUCUCAGGCCUCCAGCGACGACUGUGUUCUCUACCGCCUCGCUGACUACAAGAAAGGAGGGCGGUUACUUGAGGAGUACACUCGAGGAGGAGGAAAAGAAGUGGAGCGUCUAAUCUUAGAGGAGUUCUCUAUUUUUAUGUACAACAACGGGCGAGGAAUGGAUAUCACCCGCACUGAGUACCUAAAGUGGAAGUACCGCAAGGUUCCCAAGGACCAGGUAAGUAGGGCUCUCACGCCCAGAUUACCCUCCAUUCGACCAGGGAAGCUUUUUGGCAGGGGCAUUUCCCGAGGUUCCCUGGGGGAGACUUUGCUGCAUGUGCUCAUUAUGUGUGACACUAAGGCUCACACUCGAGUCGCUAAGAUCCUUCUCAAGUGCUUUCCCAAGCUUGCACUCGAUGUCGUCGAGGGAGAGGAGUACCUGGGUGCGAGCGCUCUUCACUUGGCCAUCGCCUACUCCAACAAUGAUUUGGUAACCAUGUUGGUGGCGUGUGGAGCAGAUUUCACACAGAGAGCUGUGGGGAGUUUCUUCCUGCCGAAGGACCAGCAGGUGACGUGUCCUCCAGGACCAGAAAACACAGACUACGAGGGUCUGGCCUACCUCGGGGAGUACCCACUGGCCUGGGCAGCCUGCCUGGGCAACGAGACGGUCUACAACAAGCUGCUGGACUUCGGCGCUGAUCCCAACGCUCAGGACUCCUUCGGUAACAUGAUCCUCCACAUGGUAGUGGUCUGUAACCAGCUGGGGAUGUUCUCGUACGCUCUGCGUCACCCCCGUCUGCCUGCCCAGGACGGCAUCAUGAACAUGGCGGGGUUGACGCCGCUCACCCUGGCCUGCCGCCUCGCCCGCUCCACCAUCUUCAAGGAGAUGCUCGAACUCACCUGCAUCGAGUUCUGGCGAUAUUCGAACAUCACCUGCAGUGCUUACCCUCUCAACGCCCUGGACACCAUCAGGCCCAGCGGGGAAACAAACUGGAACUCUGCACUCAUGAUUAUCCUCAACGGCACGAAGAGUGAACAUUUGGAUAUGCUGGAAGGUGGGAUCAUCCAGCGACUUCUUGAAGAAAAGUGGAAGACAUUCGCCCGGAAUCAGUUCAUGAAACGACUGGCUAUCAUGUUACUGCAACUCAUCCUGCUGAGUGUGGCUGUGUACCUCCGUCCAUGUUACUGCGGACCCAAGAACAUGAGAAGGAACACGCCGGAGUCCAAGAAGAUGCUUUAUGACGAGUUCUUCGACACGGACUUCAAGAGCAUCGUCAGGUACUGCUUCGAAUCGGGCACACUGGCUGGGGUGAUCUCCUAUGUGGUGUUCCAGCAAGGCGAAGAGAUCAUGAACCAGGGCCUCUCCUCCUUCAUGCGUGGCUUGGCCGGCAACGCUCCCAAGGCUAUCUUCAUGGUGGCCAACCUGCUGAUCAUGCUGGUGGUGCCCUGCCGCGUUGUUUACUUCUUCAAGCCGGAGAUGGUGGUACUCAGGGCCCUGGAGGACGAACUCCUCUCCUACGCUGUGGCUGGGUCCUGGUUCAUGCUGAUGUUCUUCGCUGGCGCCCUGAAGCUGACAGGACCGUUCGUGGUGAUGAUUUACAAAAUGAUAACGGGUGACAUGUUUACCUUCUCCAUCAUCUACUUCAUCAUGUUACUCGGCUUCUCCGAGGCUUUCUUCUUCCUCUACAAGAGCCCCAAGCAAGACAGUGGCAGCAAGUACGCCACUUACGGCACUACCUGGAUGGCACUCUUCCACAUGACUCUUGGCGAUUAUGACUACGCAGGGAUGAACUUGAACAUCUACAGCGCCAUGAGCAAGUUCGUCUUCCUGGUAUUCACCAUCAUGCUGCCAAUCAUGUUGUUAAACAUGCUUAUAGCCAUGAUGGGUAAUACCUAUAGCACCGUCAUCUCUAUGUCGGAGAAGGAAUGGGUCAAGGCGUGGGCGAAGAUCGUGAUCGCGCUGGAGCGAGCCAUCUCCCAAGAGAAAGCUAAGGAUUAUCUCUACAUGUACAGCCUUCCUAUAGGAGGAGGCGGUGACGGAGGUGAAGAGAGCCUUGGGGUUAUGGUCAUCAAGAGCAAAGACAAGACCAAGGCCAAGCAGAGGAAGGGCGCUCUCAGCAACUGGAAGAGGGUAGGUCGGGUCACCAUCGACGCGCUGCAUCGAAGAGGAGUAUCCGGGGAGUUCCUUCGACGGGAGAUGUGGGGACUGCAGACAGCUGCCUCCACACCUGUCAAAGGGCCGGCGAAGAAGAAGGGUUAUGGUGGUCUCCUGGGUACAGAGACUGGUCCUCCUACGGUAGACAUCUUAGGUGAUGCACUCAGCCAGACUAAGUUUGCCUCCGAUAGUAUCGAUCCCAACGACGAGAUGGAUGGUUUCGGGGCCCUCACCGGCGCCAUCGACCAACUGGCCUUCACGCACGACCUCGACUUCUCCGGUGAUGGUAUCGACGACGACCCUCUCAAGCCCAGGGUUCCAGGACAGGCGCCGCCCAAAACCCUGGAGGCACCGAGAGCAGCUCAUCUUAAAGUCAUCCCUGAGAAGAAGAAAAAGAAAAAGAGAUGCGACUCGGAUGGUUACGAUAACCCGGCUUUCCUAGACGACGAAGAGCUGUUACUGACGGCUGCUCUCAGUGGCGGCGGUGAAUCCGACGAUUCCGACACUGACAUGCUGGAGUCCCGUCGCCUCGCUCAGCCACGGAUCAUCAUCCAAGCGGAGACAGCAACAGCUUCCGUCCUUCCCAGCUCCACGGGAAAGCCAACGGUGGGGCCGGGAACUGGGAAAGGUCCAAGCACCGCUGCCUCCAAGGACCCAAAGGCACCUGCCAAGACUGAGGCUGCUAAUGUCCCCGUUCUCAUCACGCGACCUCGUCGUCUGCCAUCUGCUAAGAUGAGGCGGAUUGGGUCAGCUCGCAAGACUCCAGCCCGCUUCGCUAUGACCUUCACCGAAAAGUACGACCCAGUGAAGGUGAAGGUGAGCACAGGGCAAGUAGCGAUGAAGAGCGAAAGCCAUGCCGGAGAUCAUGAUAAGAAACUAGAAGAAAGUGAGAGAAAGAAUAUGAUGGAAAAGAAGAACGAGGAGGCAGCGCCACCUGAAGACCCGGCUGAUGAUGGCAGUGAAGACAAUAUCGAGAUGUGGGCAGAAAAGAAGCCGCGAAGAAGCAAAAAUAAAGUUGGACCAGCCAUCAGCACUGAGGAGGAGGGGGAGGGUGCUACUGGCGGUGAGCCUCAGACUCAGGACGACAUUACCGUGGGCCUUCAGUCCGGGUCAGACUCGACUCGUGAGGAAGUGAGGGCCAAGGAGAAGGAGCGUCCCAAGACCUCCGUGGCCAGCCAGAAGAUGAAGAAUAGAGCCACUGAGAACGUUGGCAACAUGAACAGUAUCUUACCCUGGGAUAACGAAGACGGAGACAUCAAGUAAGAUGCUGCUACACAAACAAGACGACAGGAUGUAAACUCCAAUCAUCUCUAGUUUUUUCCUGGCCGAGAUUGGCAGGUUCUUCAAGUUCAGUAGUUUACAGUAUAUGGUGCGUUCUUAUUGUUUCUGUGAACAUAUUGAAGGAAUUCUGUCACUGCUAAAGGAAUAUAAUCAUCGAUAUCAUUUAUGAUCUAACUUUACAUUUUCGUUCAGCUGUUGCUAGUUUUCGUCCACUCUUCACAAUUCAGUGCAAAUAUGGCUAGCAUAGCGGUAGCCGUGUUCUUGAAGGACUUCAAAAAUGGCGCUUCUAGUAAAGGAGUGUAGGUUAUUUUACAUUUUUAACAUUAAUUUUAUUCUUGGCUGUCUACAAGUUACUGUAAUACCUAGGCUUCCAAGUCGCUUUUUAGCUACAUCAGCUCUAGACGUUGUCUGUGACGUCAGUUAUCAGUUUUACACGUGCAAUAUAAGACGCCAAAUGUUAGCCCUACACAUUACAUGAAGGUAUCAUCUCUAGACGUUACAUAGGACAACAGCUGUCAGUUCUACACGUAUACGACGCCACCUUUCAGUUGUAUCCUGCAGAUAGAUUCCAGUCACUUGCAGUCCUGGUCCCACCAAGCGUUGCAGACGGAACUGGAAAAAGAUUUUGAUGUUUAAUGAGAGGAGCUUGCUGGUGACAUGUCCCAUGCAAGCUUACCGUCCCGUGCUAGCUUACCAUUGUUCCAUACCACCUACUAUACUUGCUUUAUUGUACCACUUAUUGUACGUAAUAUUUUUGGUACACCAUGAAAAAGUGUACAGUUUCAGGAA